AUGGCAACUAGCAAACCAAGUGGUACAAAAAAAAUUCAUCCAACAUCUGGAGUUUCUAUGCGUGCAACUAACAUUCGACGUAUGAACAUGCAAAGAAUGCAAAAUGUCCUCCUUAUCUGGCUGGACAGCAAUAUAAAUGACAAUAAUGCUGGUUGUAAUAAUACAAUCAAGCAAUUAAAACGUGUUGUUAACAACAUAAACACGUUUACUAAUGGUAAAGAAUGUGUUGAAUUUAUUCAAACCAUCACCAACAACAAAGUAUGUAUGAUUGUUUCUGGUUCACUUGGACAACAUAUUGUGCCUCAUGUGCAUGAUAUGUCCCAAGUAGACACCAUUUUUAUUUUUUGUGACAAUCAACAAUGGCAUAAACAAUGGGCAGAAGAAUGGUCCAAAAUAAAAGGAGUCUUCACAGAUAUAACAUCAAUCUGUGAAGCUCUCAAGCAAGCUGCUCACCAAUGUGAGCAAAAUGCCACAUCAAUCAGCUUUGUAGCAUCAAACAAGAAAUUGGAUCAAUUAGAUCCAUCAUUUAUGUAUACUCUGAUCUUGAAAGAGAUCUUAUUAACCAUCAAAUUCGAAGACAAACAUUUCAAAGAAUUUAUUACUUAUUGUCGUGAAGUAUUUGAUGAUAAUGAAAAAGGAUUAAAAAAUGUUCGUCAGUUACAAACAACAUACAAAAACAACAUACCUAUAUGGUGGUAUACAUGGAAUGCAUUUUUAUAUCGUAUGCUCAAUCAAGCAUUACGAUUAAUGGAUGCUGAUAUUAUUGUUCGAAUGGGUUUCUUUAUUAAUGAUCUACAUCAUGAUAUUCAACGGCUACAUUCAGAACAAUUCGAUGGGCAUCUAUCAGGUACGACAUUUACAGUUUAUCGUGGACAAGGUCUUUCAAAAGAAGAUUUCACUGAAAUGACAAAAACUAAAGGUGGACUUCUUUCAUUUAAUAACUUUUUAUCAACUAGUAAAAAUCAAGAUGUUUCUCUUUCUUUCGCUCAACAAACUACCACAAAUCCUGAUCUUGUUGGAAUUCUAUUUGUUAUGUCGAUUGAUCCUACAGAUUCAACAACUCCAUUUGCUGAUGUUACAGAUGUUAGUUAUUUUCAUACAGAAGAUGAAGUUCUCUUUUCUAUGCAUACCAUUUUUCGUAUUGGUGAUAUUAAACCAAUGGAUGGAAAUAAUCAUCUCUAUAAAGUGAAUUUAACAUUAAUCAAUGAUAAUGAUCAAGAUCUUCGUACUCUUACUGAUCGUAUUCGACAAGAGACCUCUCCAAAUUCGGCAGGAUGGUACAGAUUAGGAUUAUUGCUAUUAAAAAUGGGUUACUUUAACAGGGCUCAAGAAGUUUACGAAAUUUUACUUCAUCACACAUUAAGUGAAAGUAACAAGGGGCCUAUUUAUCAUCGACUAGGUUGGAUCAAAUAUAAUCAAGGAGAAUACCAAGAAGCACUUACAUACUAUGAAAGAUCACUUGCUAUCUACGAAAAAACACUUCCUUCCACUGAUAUUAAUUUGGGCAAUAUCUAUAACGACAUCGGUGUGGUGUAUGAAGAUAUAGGUGAUUAUCCAAAAGCACUCUCCUCUCAUGAAAAAGCUCUUGCAAUCAAACAACAAUCACUUCCUCCCAAUCAUCCUGAUUUGGGUGUUUGCUAUAACAACAUCGGUUUGGUGUAUCACAGUAUGGGUGAUUAUACAAAAGCACUUUUAUCUCAUGAAAAAGCCCUUGCUAUUCGACAACAAUCACUUCCUUCCAAUCAUCCUGAUUUGGGUGCUUCCUAUAACAACAUCGGUAGUGUGUAUGAUAGCAUGGGUAAUUAUCUGAAAGCACUCUCCUCUUAUGAAAAAGCUCUUACAAUCAAACAACAAUCACUUCCUCCCAAUCAUCCUAGUUUGGGUGGUUCCUAUUACAACAUCGGUAAUGUGUAUUACAACAUGGGUGAUUAUCCAAAAGCACUUUCAUCUUACGAAAAAGCACUUGAAAUCCAACAACAAUCACUUCCUUCCAAUCAUCCAGAUUUGGUUUCUUCCUACAUGGGCAUCGGUUUAGUAUAUGACAGCAUGCGUGAUUAUCCAAAAGCACUUUCUAAUUAUGAAAAGGCCUUUGCAAUCAAACAACAAUCACUACCUUCCAAUCAUCCUAGUUUGAGUGCUUCCUAUAACAACAUCGGUACGGUGUAUGCGAAGAUGGAUAACUAUUCAAAAGCUCAUUCAUUUUUUGAACGUGCUGUACAAAAUGCACAACAAUCAUUACCAGCGAAUCAUCCUGAUCUUAAAAUAUAUACAGAAAAUCUCGAACGCAUAAAAAAGAAAUUAUAA